AUCUGUUAAGUCAGACAAUUGUCAAAUCACUGGAAAUUUGUUUAACUAGUUAAAUUAACUGGUUCGUAUCGAUGCUCGCUUUUGUACUAGCGUCUUGCUUACCAUAAUGGAAACAGAGAGAAGUGACAAGUUGUUGCAAGAAAAAGCAAGGAAGCAGCUGGCAAAGGAUCUUAAGCCGAUUGAAAAGCUCAGAUACCAGUGUCUUUUACGUGGUGCAUCCGGGAUAGCUGGUAUAGGAAGACAAUUUCGAAUUAUUGACGAUGAUGGAAACAAAAAACUUGAUUUCAAGGAAUUUUUGAAGGGGUGCAAAGACUUCGGUGUGGAUUUGUCCAAAGAUGAAAUUAAAGAAAUUUUUGAUGAAAUCGACACAGAUCAGAGUGGAUUUGUUGAUUUUGAUGAGUUUCUAAUGUCUUUAAGACCUCCUAUGAGCAAAUGUAGACUUGACGUGCUGAACAAAGCAUUUUUGAAAAUGGAUAAGACGAAAGAUGGUGUAAUAACUAUUGAAGAUUUAAAAGGCGUGUAUAAUGUGAAAAACCAUCCAAAGUUUAUAAAUGGAGAAAAAACUGAAGAUGAAAUUUUAGUUGAAUUUUUAAAAACAUUUCAACCACAAAACAAUGCUGAUGAAGUUGUAAGCAGUUUUAAGCAAAUUUUAUUCUUCUAUAAACAUGAAUAUCAUUGACAUUCAGUUAUCUUUUUCAAAUUUUACGAUUUUGUUUUCUGACUACAUUAUGAACAGAAGUCCUGGGUAUUUCUUAUCAGUAAUUUUUGUACUGUUUUUAUUUUAUGUGUUACCACCGUCGUAUUUUUGAAUCCUCUCCUUAAUGCUCAAAACACUACAGUUGUUUUGAUCUUACAUUUACAGAUGUGAUAUUUGAAAUCAGCAAAAGUGUAUAGUUUCAGUUAAACAUUAAAUAGUAAUCAGAAAUAUGAUGCAAAAAGCUAUUUGAUAAAAUUUAUUUUGCUUUAAACAUAAAAAUGGGAUACUUGUGGCAGGCAUAUUUUUAGAUUUGAGACACUUUAAAAUUGUGCCAUUACAUACUACAACUGUCAUCACAAAUGUAUAACAACAAUAGCUCCUCAAACUUGACAUAUCUAAUCAUAUCAUACCAUUCAGUGUAAAUAAUCUAUUCUUUAAAGUGGUAAUUUAAAACUUAUAAGGAAAAUGCGUUUAUACAGGGCCAAGGUAAAUUUUAUUAUCGUUUUAAUUCUACUAACCACAAAAAUUGACAUAUUUUGGUAAAGGAUUGAUUUGAGAGAAAUAACAUGACAGUUCUAAAAAUUUAAUAAAUAUCCGAAAGCAGAAAUGGAUAAUUGUUUCUCAUUAAUUGCCAACGUUUUGAGAAUGUAUAUAUGUUCAACUUUUUCGAAUACUGAACUCAGGAUAAUAGAUAUUUCUCGGUAGUUUUGAUUUACUUAACAUUUUUACUUAACACAAUUUACAUAAUUGUUAACCAUUAUUAUUCUAAAGAUAAGUGUUUUUCUUCUAUAUUAAUUGUGAUGAAGCAAAACAAAAAAAAACGCUAACUUUAAAUAUUUCAGGUGACAAGAGAAGAAUUUUUCAAUUAUUACACUGGUAUCAGCGCAUCAAUUGACAAUGAUGCUUAUUUCGACUUAAUGAUACGACAAGCCUAUAAAAUUUAAACUGGACAAAGUUUGUUUACUCAGUGUAUCUAUUUAUAUACAUGUAUAUAUGUAUACAUAUGACUUAUUUUAGGCAAUUUUUUAGUUUGUUGUGUGUAAAAAGUAGAACGUAACAUGUAUUGCCUACUAUAUACCAUGCAAAUGUUGAUGAUG